AUUAUUUUUAUUAUUUAACAAUGGCUCGUACAAAACAAACUGCUCGUAAAUCAACUGGUGCUAAAGUACCACGUAAACACAUUGGUUCUAAACAAGCCCACAAACAAACUCCAGUUUCAUCAUCAUCAUCAGGUGGUGUUAAAAAAGUUCAUCGUUAUAGACCAGGUACUGUAGCACUCAGAGAAAUUCGUAAAUACCAAAAGAGUACCGAUCUUUUAAUUCGUAAACUUCCAUUCCAACGUUUAGUAAGAGAAAUUGCUCAAGAAUUCAAAACUGAUCUUCGUUUCCAAUCUGCUGCUAUUGGUGCCCUCCAAGAAGCUUCAGAAGCCUAUUUAGUUGGUUUAUUCGAAGAUACCAAUUUAUGUGCCAUUCACGCUAAAAGAGUCACAAUUAUGCCAAAAGAUAUUCAUCUUGCUCGUCGUAUCAGAGGUGAACGUUCUUAAAAAAAAAAAAAAAAACUCUUUUUUUUGGUUCCUCAAUUUUAUUUUAAAAAGACCCACACUGUAUAUUCCGUUUUAAAAAAUUAAAAAAAAAUUAAAAAAAAAUU